GAUACCCCCAGCCUCGCUCCUCUUUCCCCGAUCCACAGCCCUUCCCCAUGUCUGGUUGUUCGUUCCAGCGAGGAGGCUGUUCCCCGGGCCUUCUCUGAGCCCAGGGCUGUAGCAGUGGAGACAGAGGGCUCGUGGGGACAGUGUGGCUGUGAAGAUGUCUAAGCCAGAUUCCCGUUAUUCUUUUGAUGUCCCAAACAUCUGCAUCGAUUUUGCAACUCUGAAUGAGGAUGAUGUACACAAUGCAGACUCCUGGUUUGACCAAAAGGCCAAUCUGGAGAACAUCCCUCCUGCAGAAAAUCUGGACAAGGUCUCACACUGCAACUCUGCUUUUUCAAAGCCUGAUGUUAUUCUCUCUUCUGUCCCAUCACAAGAAGUAGCAAUGAGUGAAAGAGAUGGUGAAGCAGAAUGUGCCCAGGGCAACGCGGUCCCUCAGAAUAUUGUUGGGUCCCUGGCAACCUGGAGAGCUGCUGCCCCUGCAGAGGCCCCUCAGAGACCGGGCAGGAGACCGGCUACAAAGCAGGGGAAAACCCAGCAGUGCAAGCAGCCAGGCAGAGUCAAAGGAGAGAGAAUUGCUAAUGCCCCGGAUAAUAAGGAAGAUGUUCCACCCUUGAAGAAAAUGAGAAUCCUUAGACUACUGGGGAAAGCUGCAUGGUCUAUACCUGGGCCUGGGAUGAGUUCUGGUAGCAGAGAGAAGGUGACAGAAGAAUCCACAGAGACAGAGCCCCUGCAGGAUCCUGGCCUCUCCCCAGAGAGAGGGAAAAGCAAACUGACCAUGCCCUCCACGCCAACAAUGUUGAAGAGGACCAAACCUGGCAAGCUGAAGAGUACAGAGGAGCAGGAGCUGGAAAAGAUGCAGCAGUUGCAGCAGGAGGUUAUGGAGCUGCGGAAAAAGAACGAGGAGUCUCUGAAAGCAGCUAUUGCUGGAGCAGGACAACCCAUGAAGAGACCUGUUGGUCAAGUAACAAAGCCAAUUGAUUUCCAUUUCUGCACGGAGACUAGAAUUAAACAGAAUGUGGAAAGCCAGCCUGGGAAUGAAUACAAGGAACUGGAUUUUGCAGCAGUACUGAGGAAGCAUCCCCCUUCUCCGGUGCGAGUGCCAAAGGGACCCACUGUUCCCAAACCUUUCAAUCUGUCCCAGGGAAAAAAAAGAAAACUUGAAGAAGCCACAACAGAAUAUGUGUCCUUUGCUGAGCAGGUAGAAGCAUUCCAAAAACGCACACCCCCUCGUUACCAUUUGAGGAGCAGGAAAUCUGAGGAAGGCUCAGUUUCAAAAAAGCCGGUGAAGGCUCAGCUCACACACCCCAAAACUCCAGUGCUGCGAACAAAGCAGCGCUUGAGACCUGUCACCUGCAAAACUGCUGCAGAUUUAGAAGCAGAGGAAAUAGAGAAAAUUCAACAGUACAAAUUCAAAGCACGAGAAGUCAAUCCCAAAAUCUUUGAGGGUGGUCCCCUCCUGCCCAAGAAACCCUCUGUGAAGGAACUCACCCAACCCAUCGGCUUUCAGUUGGAAAUAGAAAAAAGGAUUCAGGAGCGUGAGAGUAAGAAGCAGCAGGAAGAAGAGCACUUCGAAUUCCAUUCCAGGCCAUGUCCCACAAAAAUCCUGGAGGAUGUUGUGGGUGUUCCAGAGAAGAAAAUACUUCCUGUUACAGUCCCCAAGUCUCCAGCCUUUACCUUGAGAAGCAGGACCCGUGUAUCUGGCAGAGAUGAAAGAAAGGAAAAAGAGGAGGCAGCUGUGAUCAAAGCUAAUCCUAUGCCACAUUAUGGAGUGCCCUUCAAACCCAAAAUGCCAGAGCAGAGGCAUGUGGAAGUUUGCCCCUUCUCUUUCGAUGCCCGGGACAGAGAGCGACAAAUACAAAAAGAGAAAAAAAUAGAAGAACUACAGAAGGAAGAGGUGCCAAAGUUCAAAGCGUUGCCUCUGCCUUACUUUGACCAAGUUAAACUGCCAGAAAAGAAGGUCAAAACCCCAACUCAGCCUGAACCAUUCCAUCUGCAGGUGGAUGAACGGGGAGCUGCCAAGCUCCAGAGCUGGAAACAGCAGCUUAAAGAAGACUUGCAAAGGCAAAAAGAGGCAGCAUGCUUUAAGGCUCGACCCAACACAGUGAUGUACCAGGAGCCUUUUGUGCCCAAAAAGGAACAUAAGAUGCUCUCAGAGAGCCUUUCUGGUUCUGUAGUUCCUGAAAGCUUUGAGCUGGCAACAGAAAGAAGAGCAAAAGAACGGCAAGAAUUUGAAAAGCGAUUGGCAGAUGCAGAAGCCUUAAAGGAGAGGUAUGAGGAGCAGAUCAGGCAGCAACAAGAGGAGCGUGAAAAGGAAGAAGUUGCUAAGCUGAGACAAGAAAUGGUUCACAAGGCAAACCCAAUACGCAAAUACCGCAGUGUAGAAGUGAAACCCAGUGAUCAACCACUGACUAUGCCAAAGUCUCCCAACUUCUCAGACAGAUUCCGAUGCUGAUGAGCAUCCACGUGAUAACUGAAGGGAGAUCUCAUCCUUCUCCACUCCCUUGGUAGGAGAGAGGGAGCAGUUGUUUUUCCAAGACUGCUCAGUCUGAACUCCUGUGCUUGGUUCCAUUGUUGUACGGAGUAGUUAAACUCCACCUGAGCCCAUGGCAUUUCAGCAGUGCCUCCUGGCCUCACUGUGUAUCCAGACCCUGUCUUCUCUAGAGACUAAACCAAGUUUUGAUAUUGCAUAUUGAUAGUGUUUUGAUAUACAUAUUGUGUACCUAACUAAAUAAAAAUUCCUAAUCUGCUUGCUGUCUCUGGCUAGUGAAGCCCUUUCCUGCAGAAGAGUUUUUGGUAAAGACUGACCAUGCAGAUGUGUGCAUCUGGCAGAGCUGUUUUGUGUUUGUACACUAAGUGAUAUUUUCAACUGUCUAUUUUUCAGCCUGUAGUCUUCAUUUAGCUUGAAUUGUGUUAAGUGGGGUUCCUUCAAGCCGCUGUAGUGUGGGUCUGGCCUUCCUUGUUAAUGUUUAGAUGACCACAGAUAUAAAUCUUGUCCAUUCUUAAAAGUAGUUCUUUGUGUAUAUUAGAGCAUUAAACCAUCUUGCUGUUUUAUAGCUGAAGUGCUUCUAUUUGGGGAACCAUUUAUCUGGCAAUUGACUUGCUGUGAGCUGCUGCCCCAGCUCCUGCCAGUACAGGUCUCUUGGCCACAGAGCCAUCAGCCUCUCUGGCCAGUUUGGGCAGUGAGCAGAGAUGAAUAUAGCCCAAGUGCUCAAAUGUCCUGGAGGACAAAACUGCUGGUAUUGUGAAGAGUGGAUCUAGAUUAAAGUUUUAAUUAUUAUUUCUUACUUAA